AUGCUCAGUGAUGGCAUCAUUCGUCCUUCCGAUAGCCCUUAUGCCUCGCCACUACACUUAGUGCCUAAACCUGGUGGUGAAGAAUUUCGGAUAUGCGUCGACUACCGAAAAUUAAAUGCAUCGACCGUACCAGACAAAUAUCCUGUCCCUCAUAUCCACGAUUUUGCAUCCGGAUUGAUGGCUUCGGGAGUUCCUGCAUCCUUCAGCGACGACACCCUGUACUGUGACACCAGCCUAGCAAGCCCUAGGCCCUACAUCCCACCGACACUUCGGAGACAGGUAUUCCAACAUUUCCACGGGCUGUCUCAUCCGAGUAAGAGAGCUACGGUCAAACUUAUUACCGACCGAUUCACGUUUUCAAAACCAACAUCUCCUUUCGUCGAGGAACUCCGCCACAAAAUGGCCCGGCUUAAAUAUGCAACUCCGCGACAGCAACCGGUGAAUUCGUACAUCCCUCAACACUUGCGAGAUUGCAAAUUCGUUUUCGUACGGAACGACGCCGUGAGACGACCACUCACGCCGGCAUACCAAGGUCCUUUUCAGGUUCUUCGACGCACCGACAAGCACCUUACGAUCAAGCGCGCCAACUCGACGGACGCCAUCGCAAUCGAUCGGACCAAGCCUGCUUUUCUGGAGAAGCGACAGUAUGACGCAAACCCGGCUCUGCGGCCCCCUAAUGCUAUUCCAGCGCACCCAUCAGACGCAGCAGACGCCGCAGACAUCAAACGACACCCCAGCGACUCCUGUGCGGCAGACCCGAUCCGCCCAAACCCCUGCUCAUAUCGAAGAUGGGUAGGGUUUUUAUUUCGAGGGUCCCAACGCAUAACUGCUACAGCCAAUCGCCGGCAGCCCUCCUACUACCGUAACUGGUAUCUUCUUACUAAUCCUAAUUCCCCUGUGGACACUCUCAUUUACACCCACACGGGCGGGCCCGAACGGGACAGCCACUCGCCACCCGAGAAUUGUCGUUAUCGGCCACUCACGACUCUCCUCACCUCUAUCCAACUAUAUCCUGGUCACCUACAUAGUUCCGGGUAG